GAAAUAUGGGCCAAGAGGUAUCGCAACAGCAGCAGCAACACCACAACCAGAACCAGAACCACAACCUGAACCAGAACCAGAACCUGAACCAGAACCAGAACCACAGCCUGAACCACAACCUAAACCUGAACCUGAACCAAAAGCGUGGACAGCCGCAUCGCAAGAGCUACAAGGAUACCAUAUACACGCCGGCCAGCCAACUAUCGAGUAGCUGCAGCUCGAACAGCACGGACGACUACGAGGCCAACUAUAGACUGCGCCACAAAUACAAUCUGAGCAAGCAGACAUACGAGCGCACCAAAAUCCUGGCCAAUCGCAGCAGCCUGCCAACGGACAGUGAUUCGCAUUACGCCAAGCUGAACGGCAAGUAUUUGCAGCGCAGCAGCUCCCAGAGCAGCGACAGUGGAAUCUACAACUCCUCGUGCCACUGCUCAUCGCUGUCAUCGCUAUCGGCGGUCAGCAGCAGCUCGGCGAGCUCGAGCAGCGGCUGUCCCAGUUCGUUGCUGUCCAGCAGGUCCGGUCGCUCGCUGGACAAGCAGAAGCACUAUCUGAGCCAUCAUUUGUAUAUCAAAUCGUAUUUGGACAUUUUGGAGGAGGACGAACGGGCGCGCGCCCAUUUCAAGUCGGCACGUCCCGGCGGCAUACGCAACUAUACGCCAAAAAUCUUGGGAGGCGGCGAUUCAGCGGCCAGCUCUACGCUCUCAGAGAGUGCGCCCGCUGCCAGUUUUGGUUAUCCGCACACAAAUCCGCCAGCCAAGCAACGGGCCAGCGUUAGCUCCAAUUGCUCAGCGGCCGCUGUUGUUGGUGGCAGAAAUUGUCCGGAAGAUCCCGUCGAUCCCGAGAACAAAGUCCAGGAGCCAUCAAUCAUCCGGCGCCAGUAUGACUUUGUGGUGAUUGGCGGCGGCUCGGCCGGCGCCGUGGUGGCCAAUCGCCUGAGCGAGGUGCGCAACUGGACGGUGCUGCUGCUGGAGGCGGGCGGCGAUGAGACAGAGAUAUCGGACGUGCCCGCGCUGGCGGGCUAUCUGCAGCUGACCGAGCUGGACUGGAAGUACCAGACGACGCCCUCAUCGACGCGCCAGUAUUGCCAGGCGAUGAAGGGCGAUCGCUGUUUCUGGCCGCGUGGCAAGGUGCUGGGCGGCAGCUCCGUUCUGAAUGCCAUGGUCUAUGUGCGUGGCUCCAAGAACGACUACGAUCACUGGGCCUCGCUGGGCAAUCCGGGCUGGGACUACAACCAGAUGCUCAAGUACUUUCUAAAGUCGGAGGAUGUGCGCAAUCCGUAUCUGGCGGCCACGCCCUAUCACGAAACGGGCGGCUAUUUGACCGUGCAGGAGGCACCUUGGCGCACACCGCUCUCCAUUGCCUUCCUGCAGGCGGGCAUGGAGAUGGGCUACGAGAAUCGGGACAUCAAUGGAGCCAAGCAGACGGGCUUCAUGCUCACCCAGAGCACCAUACGUCGUGGCGCUCGCUGCAGCACCGGUAAGGCCUUCAUACGACCGGUGCGCCUACGCAAGAACCUGGACGUGCUGCUCCAUGCGGAGGCCACACGGCUGCUGCUCGACAAAGAGAAACGCACCAUUGGCGUCGAGUACAUGAAGGCGGGCCGCAAGCAACUGGUCUUUGUACGCCGCGAGGUAAUACUCAGCGCCGGAGCGCUCAACUCACCAAAGCUGCUGAUGCUGAGCGGGAUCGGUCCCGCCGAGCAUCUGCAGGAGCAUAAUAUACCCGUCAUAUCGGAUCUGCCGGUGGGCAACAAUAUGCAGGAUCACGUGGGCCUGGGCGGCCUCACCUUUGUGGUGGAUGCCCCAUUGACGGUGACACGGAGUCGCUUCCAGACCAUACCCGUAUCCAUGGAGUACAUACUGAGGGAGCGCGGCCCGAUGACAUUUUCGGGCGUUGAGGGCGUUGCCUUCUUGAAUACCAAAUACCAGGAUCCCGCCGUCGACUGGCCAGAUGUACAGUUUCACUUUCUGCCCAGCUCCAUCAACUCGGAUGGCGGUGAGCAGAUACGCAAAAUAUUGAAUCUACGCGAUGGCUUCUACAAUACGGUCUAUAAGCCGCUGCAGCACAGCGAGACCUGGUCCAUAUUGCCGCUGCUGUUGCGGCCCAAGAGCACCGGCUGGGUGCGUUUAAAUUCGCGUAAUCCGCUGCAGCCGCCGAAGCUGAUACCCAACUAUUUUGCCCAUCAGCAGGACAUCGAUGUGCUCGUGGAGGGCAUUAAGCUGGCCAUCAAUGUGUCCAAUACGCAGGCCUUUCAGCGGUUCGGUUCGCGCCUCCACAACAUUCCGCUGCCGGGCUGCCGGCAUCUGGCCUUCCAAUCGGACGCGUAUUGGGCGUGCUGCAUCAAACAGUUCACCUUUACCAUAUAUCAUCCGGCGGGCACCUGCCGCAUGGGACCCAGCUGGGAUGUUACGGCCGUUGUUGAUCCCCGUCUGCGCGUCUAUGGCGUCUCUGGACUGCGUGUCGUGGAUGCCAGCAUUAUGCCAACCAUUGUCAAUGGCAAUCCGAAUGCGCCAGUUAUAGCUAUUGGCGAGAAGGCGGCGGAUAUGAUCAAGGAGGAUUGGGGCGCACGUCGAGCAGCCGCUGGCUAGCUGCACUCAAUGUUGCUGUUGUUCGUUUCCAUCAACUAGUCAAAUGUGUUAUAAAAAAAACGUAUUUUUUUUUUUGUUUUUGUUGCAGCAACAUC